GCCCUCCCCCAACAUGGGGCUGGAGGCCCAGAGGCUCCCAGGGGCCGAGGAGGCCCCCGUGAGGGUGGCCCUGCGAGUCCGCCCGCUGCUGCCCAAGGAGCUGCUGCACGGGCACCAGAGCUGCCUGAGGGUGGAGCCGGAGCACGGCCGAGUCACCCUGGGCCGAGACCGCCACUUUGGCUUCCAUGUGGUGCUGGACGAGGAUGCCGGGCAGGAGGCUGUGUACCAGGCCUGCGUGCAGCCCCUCUUGGAGGCUUUCUUCGAGGGCUUCAAUGCCACCGUCUUUGCCUACGGACAGACAGGCUCCGGGAAGACGUACACCAUGGGGGAGGCCAGUGUGGCCUCCCUCCACGAGGAUGAGCAGGGCAUCAUCCCACGGGUCAUGGCUGAGGCCUUCAAGCUUAUUGAUGAGAACGACCUGCUUGACUGUCUCGUGCACGUGUCCUACCUGGAAGUGUACAAGGAGGAGUUCCGAGACCUGCUCGAGGUGGGCACUGCCAGCCGUGACAUCCAGCUUCGGGAAGAUGAUCGUGGGAAUGUUGUGCUGUGUGGGGUGAAGGAGGUGGACGUGGAGGGCCUGGACGAGGUACUCAGCGUUCUGGAGAUGGGCAACGCGGCGCGCCACACGGGGGCCACACACCUCAACCGCCUGUCCAGCCGCUCACACACCGUCUUCACGGUGACCCUGGAGCAGCGGGGGCGCGCCCCCAGCCGCCUGCCCCGCCCCGCCCCGGGGCAGCUGCUCGUCUCCAAGUUCCACUUCGUGGACUUGGCGGGCUCCGAGAGGGUGCUCAAGACUGGCAGCACCGGCGAGCGCCUCAAGGAGAGCAUCCAGAUCAACAGCAGCCUCCUGGCCCUGGGCAACGUCAUCAGCGCCCUGGGCGACCCGCAGCGCCGCGGCAGCCACAUCCCCUACCGGGACUCCAAGAUCACCCGGAUCCUCAAAGACUCGCUGGGCGGGAACGCCAAGACGGUGAUGAUUGCCUGCGUCAGCCCGUCCUCCUCCGACUUCGACGAGACCCUCAACACCCUCAACUACGCCAGUCGUGCCCAGAACAUCUGCAACCGCGCCACCGUCAACUGGCGGCCGGAGGCAGAGCGGGCCCCCGAGGAGGGGGCCGGUGCGCGGGGUCCCCCGCGGCACCGCUCGGAGACGCGCAUCAUCCACCGAGGCCGGCGUGGCCCGGGCCCCGCCGCCGCGCCCGCGGUGGCCGCCGCCCGCCUGGGCGCCGAGUGCGCGCGCUACCGGGCCCGCACCGACGCCGCCUACAGCCUCCUGCGCGAGCUGCAGGCCGAGCCCGGGCUGCCCUGGGCCGCGGCCCGCAAGGUGCGCGACUGGCUGUGCGUGGUCGAGGGCGAGCGCAGCGCCCUGAGCUCCGCCUCGGGGCCCGACAGCGGCAUCGAGAGCGCCUCCGCCGCCGAGGAGCAGGCCGCGCAGGGGCCGGGCGGCAGAAAGGUGGCCAAGGACCAGGAAGAUGAGGGGGCGCUGCUGGCCCUACAGAGCCAGGUGGCCCGGCUGGAGGAGGAGAACCGAGACUUUCUGGCUGCUCUGGAGGACGCCAUGGAGCAGUACAAGCUGCAGAGUGACCGCCUGCGUGAGCAGCAGGAGGAGAUGGCGGAGCUGCGGCUGCAGCUAGAGCUGGUGCGGCCAGGCUGGGGGGCCCCUGGGCUCCUGAAGGGCCUGCCUCCUGGGUCCUUCGUGCCCCGGCCUCACACAGCCCCCCUGGAGGGUGCCCACACCCAUGUGCUGGACAUGGUGCCCCCUGCAUGCCUUCCUGGAGAUGACGGUGGCCCCGAGAACUGGGGAGAGGUGACAAAUGGCAGGGAGGCGGGAGCCACGUUGCUGGAAGAGGUAGACAAGCUGGGAAGUGGCUCUUCACCCGCCUUGGAGGAGGAGGAGGGGGAGGAGCAGCCACCACCCCGGCAGACCCUGCACCUGUGCAGAAACGGGGUCAGCAAGUGGAACCCGAGGGCAGAGGCCAGACCGGGGAGUCCUCCUGGCAGGAAGGGCCCAGAGCUUGGCCUUGAGGAACUGGGUGCAGCGGUCCCGGAGCCCAGAGCGGUUCAUGGGAGCAAGGCCCAGGCUCGGCGCUGCCAGGGCCCCACUGCCACGGCCUCCGAGUGGCGCCUGGCCCAGGCCCAGCAGAAGAUUCGGGAACUGGCCAUCAACAUCCGCAUGAAGGAGGAACUCAUUGGCGAGCUGGUUCGCACAGGGAAGGCGGCUCAGGCUCUGAACCGCCAGCACAGCCAGCGCAUCCGGGAGCUGGAGCAGGAGGCGGAGCGGGUGCGGGCCGAGCUGAGCGAGGGCCAGAGGCAGCUGCGGGAGCUGGAAGGCAAGGAGCCGCAGGACGCCGGCGAGCGGUCCCAGCUGCAGGAGUUCCGCAGGAGGGUGGCCGCGGCCCAGAGCCAGGUGCAGGUGCUGAGAGAGAAGAAGCAGGCGACCGAGCGGCUGGCGUCGCUGUCGGCCCAGAGCGAGAAGCGGCUGCGGGAGCUGGAGAGGAACGUGCAGCUCAUGCGGCAGCAGCAGGGGCAGCUGCAGAGGCGGCUUCGGGAGGAGACGGAGCAGAAGCGGCGCCUGGAGACGGAGAUGAGCAAGCGGCAGCACCGGGUCAAGGAGCUGGAGCUGAAGCACGAGCAGCAGCAGAAGAUACUGCGCAUCAAGACGGAGGAGAUCGCGGCCUUCCAGAGGAAGCGGCGCAGCGGCAGCAGCGGCUCGGUGUUCAGCCUGGAGCAGCAGCAGAAGAUCGAGGAGCAGAAGAAGUGGCUGGACCAGGAGAUGGAGAAGGUCCUGCAGCAGCGGCGCGCGCUGGAGGAGCUGGGGGAGGAGCUCCGCAAGCGGGAGGCCAUCCUGGCCAAGAAGGAGGCCCUGAUGCAGGAGAAGACGGGGCUGGAGAGCAAGCGCCUGCGGUCCAGCCAGGCCCUCACCGAGGACAUUGUGCGCGUGUCCAGCCGGCUGGAGCACCUGGAGAAGGAGCUGUCAGAGAAGAGCGGGCAGCUGCGGCAGGGCAGUGCCCAGAGCCAGCAGCAGAUCCGCGGGGAGAUCGACGCCCUGCGCCAGGAGAAGGACUCGCUGCUGAAGCAGCGCCUGGAGAUCGAUGGCAAGCUGCGGCAGGGCAGCCUGCUGUCGCCCGAGGAGGAGCGGACGCUGUUCCAGCUGGACGAGGCCAUCGAGGCCCUGGACGCCGCCAUCGAGUACAAGAACGAGGCCAUCACGUGCCGCCAGCGGGUGCUGCGGGCCUCGGCCUCCUUGCUGUCCCAGUGCGAGAUGAACCUCAUGGCCAAGCUCAGCUACCUCUCGUCCUCGGAGACCAGAGCCCUCCUCUGCAAGUACUUCGACAAGGUGGUGACGCUGCGCGAGGAGCAGCACCAGCAGCAGGUGGCCUUCUCGGAGCUGGAGAUGCAGCUGGAGGAGCAGCAGAGGCUGGUGUACUGGCUGGAGGCGGCCCUGGAGCGGCAGCGCCUGGAGACGGACCGCCAGCUGACGCUGCAGCAGAAGGAGCACGAGCAGAACGUGCAGCUGCUCCUGCGGCAGAGCCGAGACCACCUCGGGGAGGGCUUGGCGGACAGCAGGAGGCAGUAUGAGAGCAGGAUUCAAGCUCUGGAGAAGGAGCUGGGCCGCCACAUGUGGAUGAACCAGGAGCUGAAGCAGAAGCUGGGCGGGGGCAGCGCUGCGGGCCAGAGCAGGGGUGGGGAGAAGCAGCCCCUGUGCCCGGAGAACAGACCACCCCCUGGAAAUGAAGACGAGCUCCACCCAGCCCCCGAACUGCUCUGGCAGUCCCCCCUGGCCGAGGGCGCGCCCCAUGCCCGGGAGGAGGUGCGGGACUUGGUCCACGCUCCACUCCCAGUGACGUGGAAGCGCUCCAGCCUGUGUGGCGAGGAGCAGGGCUCCCUGGAGGAGCUGCGGCAGCGGGAGGCCACGGAGCCCCUCGUAGGGCGAGUGCUGCCCGUGGGGGAGUCGGCUCUGCCCUGGAACCUCGGGCCCCGGCCCAGGCGGGAGCUGCGCAGAGCCAGCCCCGGGAUGAUCGACGUCAGGAGGAACCCCCUGUAGCAGGCCGGGCAGCCUUGGAGGCUCCCGCCCGCCUGCUGAAGGUCGAGUGCCACCUGCUCUGCAGUGUCCUGGCCUCUCUCUUCAGGCCCCAGUCCUGACACUCAGCGUCAACCCCAAGGAACUGCACUGUUUCCCUUUUUUUAUCCUCACCCGAGGACAUUUUU